UUUCACAAACUACAGCUGCUUUGGCUCUCACACAGUGCUAUAGCCAGAAUCCAGGCCAGCCACAACUGAGUCAGUACAUGGUGGUGUUCCCUGCUGUCAUUCACCGUUCCCAAGAGGAGAAGCUCUGUAUUCAUCUCAGCUCCCUGACUGAGGCUGUCCACCUGGCUGUCAACUUGGAAGUGGAAAACCAGAAUCAAACACUGGUGGAACAGGAUGUGGAGAAGCCAGGCACUUUUGAGUGCAUCAGUUUCAAGGUGCCAAAGUUACUUUCCUCGGAAAAAGAUUCUUCAGCUACACAAUCAGAAGAGGUUGUUUUUCUUCAUGUCCUGAUACACAGCAGUGACAAUAUGUACUUUGAGGGUUACAAGAAGGUUCUGCUCAAACCCCAGGAGAAUAUAAUUCUGGUAGAGACAGACAAGGCCAUCUACAAACCUGGAGAAACAGUGAAAUUUCGAAUCGUAAUCCUUGAUGACGACCUUAUGGUCAUUAAAAAUGAGUUUCUCCAGAUAUGGUUGCAGGAUCCUGAAUAUAACCGUAUUGCUGAAUGGCUGAAUGUAAAGUCAAGACAUGGCAUUGUGGAUCUGUCCUUCCCCCUGGCCUCUGAAGCAGCCCUUGGGAAUUAUACCAUCUCAGUGCAGCAAGGCAUGGCUCAAAAAAUAUUCAGUGUUGAAGAAUAUGAGUUGACGAGGUUUGAAUUAAAGAUUGAGCACCCUCCCUUCAUCAGUACAGAGGAUGAGGAAUUUCAUCUCAAGUCAUGUGGCAAGUAUACCUAUGGAAAGCCUGUUCAAGGGAAAAUAGAUAUUACUUUUAUCACAUUUUUACAGUUUGAAAUGAAUGAUUUCUCAAAUUCUUCUGAGAUGAGGAAACAACAGAGCUGGACAGACGAGAAUGGCUGCGCUAAUUUUACAGUAAAGACAAAGGCUCUGGAAUUAAAUGAAUUGGACAACUACAUAUAUGUGGUAGGACAAAUGGAGGAAAUUGGAACAGGAGCACAGACCAUGGAUUUAUCUAGAAUUUCUAUUGUGACAAGAAUGAAAUCUAUAGAGUUUAUCAAUCUCCAUCCAUUCUACAAACGUGGACUACCAUAUACAGGGCAGAUGUACUGCCACAGUUAUUACUCUCCCCUCCAAAAUGAAAUAGUCUACCUAACGAUUGAUGUAAAUGAUGAGAAGACACACCUGUCAUUCCUCACAGAUGAGGAAGGGAAAGUCAACUUUUCACUGAAUACCACCAGCUGGAACAGCUCACUGGUUUCACUGAAGGGCGCAUACAAUCUUGGAAAUGUCACCACGGGCAAUUAUGGGCAGAACACAGGGAUUGAGGAGAGCUUCCACUGGCUGAAACCUUUCUACUCUGAGAGCAACAGCUUCCUUGAGAUCAAGGCCAGGAAUGAUGUGAUGCCCUGUGAUCAAGAGCAGGAAGUGCAAGUGGACUAUAUCCUUGACCUGAAUAAACUCAGCUCUGAAACAGACCACAUUGAUUUCUACUAUAUGAUGAUAGCAAAAGGCAGGAUCCUUUCCAGUGGAGAGAAGCAAGUGCCAAUCCUCCAGCAUGAGAAUCUGCGCGGCUCCUUCUCGUUAACUGUAACAAUUGGCCAUGACUUCCUGCCUGACAUCAAGCUUCUAGUGUACACAGUCUUCUUGGAUGGAGAAGUGGUGGCUGAUGAGGAAGAGUUUCAAGUUGCCAGCUGCUUUAGACACAAGGUGGAACUGGAGUUCUCAAGCAGGCAGGAAGUCCCAGGGUCAAAAGUCAGUCUGAAUCUCAAAGCUGCUCCAGGAUCCCUCUGCUCUGUCCAGUCUGUUGACAAAAGUGUCCUCCUGAUGAAGAACGAUACCCUAACAGCAGUCACACUGUAUAAGAAGUUCUUCGAUGACAGUUUUACAAUUGGAGGACGAGGGUUCCCUUAUCACCUGGAAGACUUUGAUGCAUACCCUUGCCUGCCCCAGCAAUCCGGUAAAAAGACUCAGAUGGGAGCACCAUGGUACCAAAGUGAUGCUGAUGUUUUUCAUUUGUUUAAGUUAUUGCGCAUGAAAAUAUUAACCAAUACUAAAAUCAAGAAACCAGUUUCCUGUGUGCAAAAAAACUUUAAGAGAAAGAUGUUGUCCAACAAAGACAGCUUUAUGGACAAUGUUGCUCUUGCCAAUCUUGUACCUCAGUCAGAUGACACAAAGAAGCCCAAACCACGGACACAUUUCCCAGAAACUUGGAUUUGGGAUUUGGUGCCUGUCAGCGAUGAAGGGCAAGCAUCUCUCCAAGUUACUGUACCUGACACUAUUACAGAAUGGAAUGCCAAUACCUUCUGUGUUGCUGAUACUGGCUUUGGGCUCUCUCAUUUAACUACACUUAGGGUCUUCCAGCCUUUCUUUGUAGAUCUGUCGCUGCCAUACUCUGUGACCCAAGGAGAGAUUUUCAGCCUGAAGGCCACUGUCUUCAACUACCUCAAGGACUGUAUCCAAGUGCGCACCACCCUCACAGAGACUCCAGAACUAAAGGUGGAUGCCUGUCCAGGCUGCCAGUUCACCAGCUGCCUCUGUGCCAAUGAAGCAAAAACCUUUGUGUGGAAUGUGACAGCCACUAGACUGGGCAAAGUGAAUGUCACUGUGAGCAGCGUGGCAGAAGAUUCGCAUAAUCUGUGUGAUAACAGGGUUGCUGUGACACCGUUGCAAGGAGAGACAGACAUAGUGAUAAAACCUUUGCUUGUGAAGCCUGGAGGCAUACUACAAGAGAAGACCCAAAAUGCCUUUCUCUGUGCUACAGAUAACACAGUCUCUGAAGAAUUCUCCCUGACCCUGCCUGCAGAAACACUGGAGGGAUCUGGUCGAGCCACUUUCUCUGUGAUUGGGGAUAUCAUGGGCCCAGCACUUCAAAAUUUAGAUCAGCUGCUUGAGAUGCCUUUUGGCUGUGGUGAACAGAACAUGGUUCAGUUUGCACCAAACAUCUUCAUACUCCAGUACUUGAAGAAGACUAAACAAUUGGACCCAGAAAUUGAAGAUACAGCACUCUAUUUCCUGAGAACUGGUUACCAGCGUCAGCUGCUCUACAAACAUGAUGAUGGCUCCUACAGUGCCUUUGGGAAGUCUGACACCCAGGGCAACACAUGGCUGACAGCUUUUGUGGCCAGGUCCUUUGGGCAGGCCAGCUCUCACAUUUACAUCAAUAAAGAUCACAUGCAGGAUGCUGUGCUCUGGCUGCAGAAGCAUCAGUUAUCCAAUGGCUGCUUCCAGAGUGUGGGGAAGCUCUUCAAUAAUGACUUGAAGGGUGGCGUGGAUGAUACACUUUCAUUAACAGCCUAUGUCACUGCUGCCCUUCUGGAGCUCCAACUGGAGAAGAAUUAUACAAUGCUGGAUAAUGCCUUACAUUGUCUUAAGAAUGUUAAAUUUGAUGAGACCAGCCUUUAUGUCAAGGCCUUGAUGGCUUAUGUCUUCACACUGACCGAGGAUGUGGAGAUGAGACAGGAGCUCCUGGAUAAGUUAGAUAAAGAAACUGCAGAGCAUCUGACAUCAAAUUCCACUAGUGAAGAAUCUUCUUCUAUGAUUGAGAUAGUAGCCUACAUCCUUCUGGCUCAUGUCUCCAAACCAGACUUUUCUGUCAAUGAAAGUGCAGUCAGCAAGCUUGUGCGCUGGCUCAGUAAACAAAGAAAUGCUCGUGGAGGAUUUGCUUCCACACAGGAUACAGUUGUUAGCCUGCAGGCCCUGGCUCGGUAUGCAGCCCUGAUUCCUCAUGAGACCAGAGAUGUAAAGGUGUCAGUGAAAGGCAAAGAGGCUUCUCCACUAGAGUUCCACGUGCACAAAAAUAAUAAGCUAGUCUUGCAUCAAGCAUCUCUCCUUGAAGUCCCAGGGAUCUACACAGUACAGGCAACUGGCAGUGGCUGUGUCUACAUACAGAGUACUCUGUACUAUAACACCCCGCCACCAAAAACUGAAGUUGUCUUCCUCCUGGAUGUGGAAACAGUAACAAGAGAAUGUGAUGGUGUCAGGAAACAGUUCGACAUCCAUAUAUCUGUUAGUUACACUGGGGACCGUGAAACCAGUAAUAUGGCCCUGGUGGAGGUGGAUAUGAUGUCAGGGUUCAUUCCUAUGAAAAAGUCUCUGAUAGAGUUGGAGAAUGUACUCUUGGUGAAAAAGACAGAGAUAAAACCAGACAAAGUCACAGUCUACUUGGAAGAGCUAGACAAGACUUCUCUGAAGCUUAACAUAUCAGUGGAGCAAGAUAUUGAAGUACAGAACCUGAAACCAGCCACAGUGCUUGUCUAUGACUACUAUAAACCAGGACCCCCUAUCCUUCCUUUGUUCUUCCCAAAUUUUAUUUUCCAAGGACACUUUAUCCUUGUUUCUCCUCCACUUCCUAUAAAAUUUUAACACAAUACGGAAAGCAGCUAAAGGCAAUCUGUAACAGGAACAGGCCUUUAAAAUAGCUACUACUAAGAACUACAUGAGACUCCAGGGAUUCAACUCAUGGUCUGUACUAUCUCUGUGCAAGGUAAGCAUGCUUUUAGACUCACAAGCAGUGGCUUGCUAACUUUUAAUCUUAUUCCACAGGUUACAUUUUUGCUAAACUCAAACAGCUACACUAAUUUGUAUCAACUGACAUUAAAGCCAAGACAUCCAAUAGAUGAAUAAUUUUUAAGCUUUCAUGAGCAGAUACAAUUUUUUAAGAAUGCCUGAAUUUCUUUUGUUAACCUCAUCCAAUUUACUUUAAGGGUAAAGGCCCUGGAAUAUGGCUUACCUUUGACAUUCAGAGGCGCCUUUCCAGAGAAAAGUCUACAGUUUGUGACUUCUUGUGUUGUACAGUUUGACAGAUAACAUCUCAUAGUGGGCUUAUUCCCACUCUGCCUAGAGAGUCAUGCAAUUGAAACGGACAAUAUGUUGUUAAGAAACAGUUUAUACUGUCCUGACAGCCAGGCCCAGUAACACCUGGAAGUGUAUUCAUAUGUAUCAGCUUUUGCUUGUUGAUCUGCUUUUCCUUUCAUAUGCAGUUCACAUUUCAAAGUAAGUGGAGAGAAGUGUGCCUUCAGGGUACUGCAGGUCCCCAGUGUUGUCUCCUCGGACAUAGGCAAAGCAUUCUGAUCUUCCCUUUAUGUUUUUAGACAUCUCAGUUAAUGUAGGGAGUAGAAAGCUGAAUUGGCAUGCGUUGGCCUGUCUUUUGUGGGGUGGGGAACAAAGAUGAGAGGAUUUGUGAUUGCAGCCUCUCUAGUAUCUCCGCUUGCAAACAUGGACAGCCACAGUUGUGGUAGGAAGUGAAGAUUCUUAACAGGAUCAGUUAUGCAGGAAAUAAAAUAUGGGUCAAGGAAUGGAGGGACGGUGGUUUAUAACAACUUAUAAGAAAUGCAAGGCUAAAGAGGUCAGAGGAAGACUUACAAAAAAGAACAGUCAUAUGAGUUUCUGCUCAGAAACGGGACAAAAUGGCUUGCAGAAAGCCUGUUUGCAAUGAAGAGACAAUUGCUUCAGCUUCCUCAGAAACUUACAUUUUUCCAGAAGAGAAUAUUGUGGAAACUGACUGACAUUCAGGCCAUAUCUUGUAGGAAGGCAGUGUUAUCUGGAACUGUCAAACUGUCUUCCUUAAACACCAACAGGCCUAUAUAGGAGGAUGAAUUCAGUGACUCCUUAAGCUCACCUUUAAAGAGCUGAGUAGAUGUGAAAACUGCUUGCAGUGAACUGGUUGGCCAGAUGCUACAAUUCCCACAUAUAAGUCAUGUUUUAUAAGAAGCUGUUAUUAGGUACAGUUGUAAACAUUUUGAUUUUCAUAACCAGUAAUAUGGUCAGCAAAUCAUCAUAACAGCUGCAGCAUUGCAAUGCCUAGUAAAUAGGUAGCGUCUCUCUAAUUUCUGUAUGACUUCUGAAAGUACAGUACUGGCUAGAGGAAUCACCACAUUAUUCAAAUAUCCUCUUCCUAUUAGUCUUGGAGACACUGCAGGCUCCCACAAAUUGGAACUAGAUCCAAACUAGGCAGGUUGAAUAAUGCCAUUGUAUUUGCUACUAUAGCAGAGUACAGGGUAAAUCUCCCAUGUCAGGAGGUGGAUAAAUCUUGAUAUUUGGUCAGCAUCUAGCUCCAUGCAAUCAGUGUAGUAUAUUACAAGAUCCAGCUAUUACCAGACUAGCUUUGGUGCACUUGUGCUACAAUCAUAUAAGUGAAUGCAAUGUAGGCAUAGUUCACUAAUUCCAAGUUCAUUGAGAUGUGUCAUGUCAAUCUGUUUUCUAAGCAGGAAGAAAUCCUAGGCUCAUAUGUCAGUCUGAAUCAGACUUCUGGCUCCCUUUGCAUUCACCAUGUUAUAGCUUUAAGGAUUAGCUCUUGAUGGCUGAGGCUAACUACCAUUACAAGCUGUCAUGUUCCCUGGAAGUGUGCGUGGAAACUCCAGUCUUCCCCAUCACAAGAGAAAGAAUUUUCUAUCUCAGUUUUUCAGGCAGCAGCAAAUGUUACUGAUUCUAAGUCAAUGGGACUGGAUCUCCUGUGAAAUUAUAUUACUGUCUGAUGCAGUCUUCUUUCCAACGUCAUCUGAAAUCCGGGAAUAAACUCACUAACUCCGAGGUGGUGUUAGUAAGCAGGCAUUCUUUAUUUACGACGUCUGAUGUGCGAGGGCAUUUCUCCGCCCUAACCGCGCAUGUUCUGCACAAAAGUCCUUCAGCUUAUGUACAUUGCUUGUAUUAUAUAUGCAUAUACGCCCGGUUUCCCCUGGCAGUAUAUACAUAUUCAAUAUUCUCCCCUAAAAUGUCCUCCUUGGACAUGCUCAAUGAUUUGGGGUGGUGGUCUCAAGACUCUUGGGAGAUGAAGUAAGAAGUCUUCAUGACUGCAGAUUGCUCUUCUGUUGGUUUUCCAAGUUGGCAGUUUUCCAUAGCUCGUUUGCAAUAAUGAGCAACACUUUAUCUUUGCUCCCUGUUUUUCUAACCUAGUAAUAAGCAGUUUACUUAGAAGGUAGGAAGAGUCCUUGUAGAGUGAUGUACAGGAGUGGGCACCCACACUGACCUAGAUAACAAUGAUAUACUGGGCUCCUUGAGUAGAUAAAGGAUGUUAUGCAAAUGUGCUUUGGUUAGCAUUAGACAAUUAAAGCAAGUAUGUUUCCCUUAGCAUAAGCUAGUUUUGUGAAAGCAAGUUUUGUUCAGUUAAGGAUAUCACCAACACGAAGCUCAAACUUUAACUGAUGAUCGUUCUCUAAACUGGGUAACUGACAUAAGUGAUGUUCAUCAGUAAUCAGUCAAGGCAAGGCUGAAGCGUCCAUGCAAAUAGCUUCUCCCCUCGUUUCUAAAUGUGGUAGUUAAGCUCCGGCACUUUCUUUACUCUCUUCAUGCAGAUUUCUGCUGUGCACCUGAAUGCUUUGCACGAUCCAGGCAGAGAACACUCCAGUGAUUUGAAGAAGUAAUUACACAAAAUAUUCUGUUAAUAUAUCCUUAUAAGCAUAGCUGGUGAAUUGUUGUAUAAUAUAAAUAACAGUUGCCUGCGACACCACUGUAGCCUUUAGAUGUUAUAGAUGAUAACCGUGAUGUAGCAUUGUAAAUGGGGAGGCAUGCUGUAAGACUGUUCUGCUUUAAUGAUACAAGUUAGAACAGUAUAGUUAAGCUUGCUAGUGCUCCUUGAUGGAUACCUCUGCCCUGCAGUUUGUUUAGAUAACAAAAAGAGCUGUGUCUCUGAACCGAGGAGAUAAGGAAGCUCUGCUGAGUCUUUGUACCAAGGAAACAGGAGGUCCUGCUUGGAAUCGGUCACUGAAUAUGUAACAUACUUCUGGGAAACUUGCAUAUGUAACACAACUCUGAGAAACUUCUGCAUAUGUAGCACAUCUGCUGGAAAACUGCAUAUGUAACACCAGUUAUUACAUAAUAUGUAAACUGAAGAUCUUUUGUGCAAGCUAUGUAUGGUUGGAGGAGUACCCCCAUGCAACCAGAGCUGCCAAUAUGACUACCUGCUUAGCCAUAAUAAAACUUUUGCAGUUAA